AUGAAGUUUGGGCUUUCAUACGACAGACCCGCUCAUGAGCCGAAAGCCGAAAGCUCACAGACAUUGAUCCCGAAGGCCACAACACGCUCUUCUACUUCACACCUCAAUGUCUCGUUCAUUGUUGGCGCAUUGCACAAAACUUGGCAAGCGCUGACGAGGGUAUUCAGUCGCAGCGCUCUCCGGGAUGAUCUGCCCUUCAAAGCCACCGAGAGAGCAUCAUGCUACACCUUUCUCCUGCAUUUGGUGCCGCUUGGAGGGGCUGCUGUUAUCACGUCAUUCAAUCUGUAUGGGUACUGGGUUGGGAAAGAGCUUUCAGGGAUCAAUAAUGAGAAUGCCCCAAAGGAACUGGCGCUGCAGUUGACGGCAAAGCUCCACGAGUUGCUCAUCCUGGCGUCUCUUAGCGAAGCACUGCUAACUCAUGUGCUGAAGAGCUUGGCCAUCGGACAUGGGCUGCCGUUUGGAUCUCUCACGGUUUUCACCAAAUUCAAAGAUCUGUCCUACGUCUGGUCUCGAGACUUUUGGGCAAUGUGUGCCACCAACUACGCUCGGAAAUCGCUGCUGGUGCCGCUGAUAUUGAUGUGUACCAUGCUCGGCCUCGCCAUCGGGCCGUCCUCGGCGACGGCUCUGAUUCCGAGGCUCGACAUCUGGCCUGCUGGGCAGGCAAUCAUGACACUGAACACCUCUAGUGAUCUGCUAUGGCCUUCAACUCUUGAACCAAGCGCCACUGGUUCUGCAAUUUGUGAUGAUUCCACCCUGGGGUGCUUCAAUCCUCUGACCUGGGAUUCAAUUGCGGCCAAUUUUUUCUCCUACUGGGCGCGCACCACAACAGGCGGAGGCACGGCAUCCCCUCAACGUAUCAGCGUACCGAGCAUCUCGUCGUUGCGAACUAUGGACAUCCGACUCAAAGGCUCUUUAGGUGCCUCAAAACCAGAUUUCACUCUGGUAUCGAUUCAGCAUGCCGUCAUAGGCGACAUGGUCAACAGCUUCCGAUUCUUGACUUUCCCUUCCCGCUCUGCUAAAUGCCGAAAAACGUGGAGUCCGGCUAUGUGCUCGUACCAAGACGUUUCUUGGUUCGUGAGCGCUAUGCAGCCAGUCGUCAUUACAGGGUGUUUGGAAACUCCACUCAACACUUCCUUGGUCAGAUUUCCUAUCAUCAGCCAUGGUCUGAGUCCGUUGGAGACCACGCCCAUAAUGUUGAAUGCAAGUUUUGGAGACCAGACGCAGCCACAAUUUCACUGGGUCACCCUUGGUGAUUCACAGUUACUGAAUGCUUCUAUUGGCGCCGUCGUGAGGCUCAGAACUUCAACAGGUGCCAGAGAUUUUGCCUGCUCGAUCCAAGCACAGUGGGCGAACUCGAUUACCUCAACGAGCUACACCAGCACCGAUUACGUUAUCGGUGGCGCUGUUCCGGGAUUGGAUUAUGCGAUGCCUAUUGACAAAAAGUACAAAAGCCAGACUGUAACAAUCGACUCUCGAUGGGCGCAGCAGUUUGUCGAGAGCCCAGCCCGACCCCAGACGAAUACCACCGCAUUCGAAAAUUUCAUGUCUCUCGGAGGCACAUCGAGUAAUCUGUCUAUAAAAUUGGAAGUAAUUUUAUCUGUACUUUUUGCAGAGAGCAUGGCCCACACAGGCUCAGGGACCGUGCCUUUAUCCAUCACGAGCAAUAACCUCUUUCUCAAAAUACAUGGAAGUUUGGUCCAGCAAGGUCAGGUGGCGCCGGCAACGGCGUCGGCAGCAAAUCGGACAGCUUUCAUCCUGAAGACGUCCAUGACCGGCUACGGCUACGGGCUGUACACAAUGUCCGGGCUGUCGAUGUCCACCCUGAUCUCCAUUGUCCUGCUGUGCCUGUACUCGGCCUUCGCCAUGGUGCACCUGGUGUGGUUGUGCAUUUCCAAGGAUCCAUAUAUUGUGUCGUGGCGUGAGGAGAGGGACAUGCUCGUGACGUGCCUGUGGUCGAGGUUUAGACCUUCAGUGCUGCAGGUGGAGCUUGGAGAGGGCGAAGGACAAGAGAUGAAGCGCCAGGAUCGAGAUGAAAACGUAAGCAUUCUGAAGGAUAUUGUGCUUAUGAGGAGCAGGAAAGGACGAGCGGAGCUGUCGUUUCGGAGGAGGGAUUGGCCAGAGGAAAUCUGA